GCUCAUCAGCUUUAUAAUCGUCUUCAUGAAGAUGAUAAAAGAGUGAGAAAGAUUAAACUGUGUGAUCUUGCGCUCUCCAAGACUCAGCGUGAAAAAAAAACAGUGAACCAAGAAUGUUUAUAUUCCUUUGCCUCUGAAGCAGCCUGAAGGAGUAAAGAUUCAGUAACUUUAUUUUUUUGUGUGUGUUCUCGUGAAUAACAUGAUGAUAAAUUGUGAGCCUUAUUUUUUAUUGUUUAACACCAUUGCCUUGAAAUGUGUUAUAAACGCCAGUUGAAAACAGUGUCACUCGUAAACUUCAACUUGCAAUGACAAUAUACCAACGGUGACAGUUGAUCUUGUCCUCAUUAAAAGACCAAACUAAAUGACACCAAUUCACUGACUAAUCAUCUAAUCAUCUUUAAUCAAAUCUAAAACAUCAUCAACAUAAUUACCAACCAUCUCAAGAUACCAAAGCAAAGCCAAAGACAAAGUCACUUUUAUAUUAAACUCAACAUUUGGUUAAUUGUUUUUAAAACUGUUACAACAAUCAAGCUGGUCAAUAAGAUCAUAUGUAUUACAAUUAGUUAAUCAACUAUAGUUACUAUCGACAAUGGCUUUAAUCAAACGAUGUUGCUUCUUUUCCUUACGCAAAGGAAGCUAUUUGAGUGCAUUUUACACUUUGAUAUUUUACACUAUAAUUUUUAUGGCUGGAACAAUUAAUAUUCAUUCAAUGCAAAAUGAUUUCUAUGUUUUUGUUUCCGUGCUUUGUUUAAUGAUCAUGUCAGCAUUGACAAUUGUCACAUCAAUUAUCAUGGUCCUCGGAAUAAGUGGGGAAAAUGUUAGCCUUUUGUUGCCUUGGAUGGCAACCAUUUCAAUCUUAACAGUUCUUGAAGUAUUCAUAAUUAUCUUUAUGAUGGUUCGAUCUGUUAAAGGAACGAAUUCAGAUCCAUUUAUGCUUGCCAUGGUCAUUGCUGAUGUUAUCAUCGUUUCCGCAAAUAUUUAUGGGCUUGUUUGUGUGGUUUCACUUUUCAUUGAAAUAAGAAGGAAAAGAAAUUCUCAAUCUCAUGAUGACACUCGAUUGUAUAAGAGACCUAAUCAAAUGGAGAUUCCCUGUAAGGAUAAUGAAGAGCUGAGUAAAGAGUAUUUACUGACCUCGUCUCCUCAAAGGCUUCCGGUUAGCUCACAGACUGAAGAGGACAACAAGUCAAGUACAUCGUUUCUUAGCAUCAAAUAGAGAUGGACAGAGGCAUUUUUUAACACUGGACAAGGGCCAACCUUUUAUUCAACAUUUGAUAACUUCAAAUGUAAAUUUCCAUCGCAUUAGAAUUGAAAUAUUAAAUAUUUAAAUACAAGACACUUUAAUGGAGUAAUCAACAUUUGUAAAUGUUAAUCAAAAUUGAUGGUAACAAAUUAAUUUCUCAAUUGUUUUCAAUGUAAAACCAGAAAAGUAAAAAACCCAUUUUUUGUUAAAACAUUACCAUUGUUAUGCUUAAAUAAGAGUAAUUGGAUGUCUGUUUAAUCAUGUUUAAUUUAUUGUAACAAUUUAACAAAUAUAUUUAACAUUUAAUUGUACAAAUUGAAGAAACAAAAAUUUAUCGAUUC